UUUUUCACCAAGAAACCACACCAGCACACUUAGCAUGGUUGCUGCAACGUGUGUGUGAUGCCAGAGUGGGGCAGAUUCCGUUGAGAUCCGUGUGAGCACGCAUUCGUUUUUCGCCGUCGUUCUUUUCUAAACAAGAAUAUUCUUCUUUUGUGAUGUUCUGGGAAUUGAACUGAAUUUCAAUAAAACCCCUCUGUUUGUUUGGUUUUCUCUUUCUUCUCUGUCUCCGUGCCUACUGUUUCAUGUGACUGGGGACACUAAAAAGCAAAAAAUUUGCAUUUUGGCUUAGAAUUCUCUGAUAGAUGGGUAGUAGCUGUCCUUGUUUCGGGCCGAGGAAGAAGGGCAAAGAGAAGAGUGACAAGGGACGGGACGAGCUAAACAAGAAUUGCAAAUCUGUAAAGAACACCAAUGAUGUCUCUGAAAGUUCUUCAGGGAAUGGACCAGAAGAAAACCCAGUACAGGAGGGCGAAAAUUCUCAUAAGGCCCGGAUAUUUACCUUCCGAGAGCUUGCAACAGCAACAAAAAGUUUUAGAGAUGAAACCUUUAUUGGGCAAGGAGGAUUUGGCAUUGUUUACAAGGGAAUAAUUGGGGAAAAUCAGGUUGUAGCAGUUAAAAGACUUGAUACUACAGGAGUGCAAGGGGAGAAAGAAUUUCUGGUGGAAGUUCUCAUGCUUUCCCUUCUACGCCAUCCCAACCUUGUUAAUAUGAUUGGUUACUGUGCAGAAGGGGAUCAACGUCUUCUUGUGUAUGAGUACAUGGCUUUGGGAUCCCUAGAAUCUCAUCUUCAUGAUGUUUCUCCUGAUGAAGAGCCACUUGAUUGGAAUACCAGAAUGAUUAUAGCUUGUGGAUCAGCAAAAGGGCUACAUUAUCUCCACGAUGAAGCAAAGCCUUCAGUUAUAUACAGGGAUCUUAAAGCAUCCAAUAUACUAUUGGAUGAAGAUUUCCAUCCAAAACUUUCUGAUUUCGGGCUUGCAAAAUUUGGUCCAACCGGAGAUCAAUCAUAUGUUGCCACAAGGGUCAUGGGGACACAAGGUUACUGUGCCCCUGAAUAUGCCACCAGUGGAAAAUUAACGAAGAGAUCUGACAUAUACAGUUUUGGGGUUGUGUUAUUGGAACUAAUUACUGGACGCAAAGCAUAUGAUGAUAAGCAUGGCCCUGAAAAGCUUCUAGUAGACUGGGCACGUCCAAUGCUGAGAGACAAAAGAAGUUUCCAAAGAUUGGUAGAUCCACGGCUUCAAGGGAAGUACCCAGGAUCAUGUCUACCGAUGGUGAUUGAAUUGACAGCCAUGUGUCUUCGUGAAGAGCCACGUCAACGGCCUAAUGCAGGAGAUAUAGUGGCAGCUCUGGAAUUCUUGUCAUCCAAGCAAUAUUCCCCAAAAGUGUCGAACACAGUCAACAACACAACUGAGAUGGAGAGUGGAGAGUCCCCAAAUGAAACAACAGCCAUUUUGCCAAAAGAAUCAGUGAGAGAGCGAGCUGUUGCAGAAGCCAAGCUGUGGGGGGAGACAUGGAGGCAGAGACGACAAAGUGAGCAAAACAGUCCUAAGGAACCCCACAUAGAGUUGUGAUUCAACAUGAUACCAUAUAAGGUUCAACAUACUUCAACUAAAGGAAGACACAGAAAGGUGACAUUUGAUGCAGAUAGAUUGGAACAGGUACAGGGAAAGUAACACAAACAUCAAAGGAUAAUCUGUCGAGGAUUUUAAAUGUAGCUUAAUAAAGCUAGUUGGCCAUCUUUUUUUUCUUAAAUAGUGCUGUUUUGGCACUUGUGAACUUGAGGCUCAAUUUCACAUGCUUUGACAUGAGGUUUCAGAUUACAUGGUUGCUCUUGCUUUUCUACUCUGAGAAAUAUGAUACAUUACUAGUAUUUCUAUGUUUCAACAUCGUUAAUGUUGCUGGUGCUGGAA